AUGUUGUGUCUGCGGGGAAGAUGGCGGACUCAGUAGCGGCUGGUCUUGCGGACGAAAACGAGACUGAAAAUGAGAAGGAGAAGGAGAAACGACUCUUCAGCGGCGUCAAAAAGACGGAGAAACAAGCCGCUGCGUCAGACCUUACAGAAACGCUGGGAUUUUACGAGAGGAAGGCGAAAUGCAAAGAGAGAAAGAGCAAUGUGUCAGAUCUCUCUCUUGUGAGGUUUAUUAGUGCUGAGUUGACUAGAGGAUAUUUUCUGGAACACAAUGAGGCCAAAUACACUGAGCGGAGAGAGAGGGUCUAUACCUGCCUGCGUAUUCCAAAAGAACUGGAGAAGCUGAUGAUGUUUGGGUUUUUCCUGUGUCUGGAUGUGUUUCUGUACGUGUUCACUCUGCUGCCCCUCAGAGUGCUGCUGGCCCUGAUCAGACUGCUGACACUGCCCUGCUGCGGCCUCAGUGGAUCUCGUAUCUUGCAGCCUGCUCAGGUGUGUGAUGUUCUGAAGGGUUUCAUCAUGGUUCUGUGUUAUUUCAUGAUGCAUUAUGUGGAUUACUCCAUGAUGUACCACCUGAUCCGGGGUCAGUCUGUCAUAAAACUCUACAUCAUCUACAACAUGCUGGAGGUGGCAGAUCGCUUGUUUUCAUCUUUCGGUCAGGAUAUUCUGGAUGCUUUGUACUGGACUGCCACUGAACCUAAAGAGAGAAAAAGAGCUCAUAUAGGAGUCAUCCCACACUUCUUCAUGGCUGUUCUCUACGUCUUUCUACAUGCCAUUCUGAUUAUGGUCCAGGCCACCACUCUGAACGUGGCUUUCAAUUCACACAACAAGUCACUGCUCACCAUUAUGAUGUCUAAUAAUUUUGUUGAGAUCAAAGGAAGUGUAUUCAAGAAAUCUGAGAAAAACAACCUCUUCCAAAUGUCCAACAGUGACAUUAAAGAAAGAUUUACAAACUACACACUCUUACUAAUCGUCUGUCUCAGAAACAUGGAGCAGUUCUCCUGGAAUCCAGAUCAUCUAUGGGUAUUGUUUCCUGAUGUUUGUAUGGUGAUAGCCUCAGAGAUUGCAGUGGAUGUUGUCAAACAUGCCUUCAUCACAAAGUUUAAUGACAUUACAGCAGAUGUCUAUAGUGAAUACAGAGCGAGCUUGGCAUUUGAUCUGGUCAGCAGCAGACAGAAGAAUGCAUACACCGACUACAGUGACAGUGUGUCUAGGCGGAUGGGCUUCAUUCCUCUUCCUCUUGCUCUACUGUUGAUCUGGGUGGUGACCAGCUCAGUGAAGAUCCAGGGCUCUCUGUCCAUUGUUUGUGUUGUGCUCUUCUACCUGGGUAUGAUCACCCUGAAGGUGCUGAACAGUAUUGUGUUGUUGGGGAAAUCCUGUAUGUAUGUGAAAGAGGCAAAUAUGGAGGAGAAGCUGUUUCAAAAUCCCCCCUCUGCAGCUCCCAGCAGAGUGUCCAGCAGAGCCCACCGUACCAAACACACACGCGAACCACCAGGUGAGCCAGCGGAGGAGGGCAUGUCUGCAUCAGUCACCACUCAACCCACCCAAAGGGAUGAAUGCCCCGCCCCUCAGAUCCCCACCAGCGAAUCAGAUCAGUUCCUCACUACACCAGAUGAAUCAGAAGAGAAAAGCCUUAUUCAGGACGAUACCGAACUUAAACACAGCGUGCCCAAAAAAGACUUGCUGGAGACUGACCGCUUUACUAUCUGCGGUAACCGUAUCGACUGACAUUAACGCGCACCUUCAAGUUUAAGAGUGAUGCCAGGUAUGCACUGAAAUACCCGCCCUCUCUGCCAGCUUGAUUAGUUUGACAUUUGAACCUGAGCUCGUUGGAAUGAGACAGCGAGAAACUGCGGGAUAUUUAUUAAUAAGCGAUGCACCUAAUUUAUUUAAGACUUAAACACACUUAUACACAGACAAUCACACCAACACACACCGUUUAACCAAUUGGAAUCCACCUAGUGACGUUUUCACACUUUCAAGAGGUUCAAGAUCACCAGCGGAGGUCAACUUUGGACGGCAGGGAAGAUCUUGGUCUGAUGCUCACUGUACUUGCCUUUCAAAGGGGGCAUCCAAUUAAGAAAAUGAGAGAAAGGGGUGGAUUAUAUUCCUAAAUUACAUAUUUGGAAGAUUCCAUGCAUUUGUGGAAAAAUAGUAGGAUUCAAAUAAUCAAAAAAUGUAAUGUACAGUGCUCCAAAACAAAUGUCAAAAAUUCUUACAGUUGU